AUGAAUCAAAGAGGACGAGGGAGGGGUUCUUGGAGAGGUGGUAGAGGCGGCGGGCACAAUCGAUCACAACAGUACUCUUCAGAGAGCUAUUCAGCGGGUGUAAACGGCGGUCAGUCGAAAGGAACAGACAAUUCGCAUGGUGGACUCGUCAACAUCGGUGUUAGAGGCUGGAGAAAUAGUAAGGCAGCGGAUAGCAAUGAUGGGGGCAUUGGCAAACUCAGGGAAUUUCUUGAGAGAAAAGGAUCUUCGUCGAAUGGACCGCCUGCUAAGAUUACAAAGUCAAGAACUGAAGGAGAUGUAUUCAUAAUAUCGGUACGACCGGAGCUGGUGGAAAGGAUGCUACAUCUGAAUGGCUUUUCAUUCGCAGGAGCAUCUCUAACGGUUGAGGGAUGGGGCAACGAUCACCUACCCGUGCUGAGUAUCUCGCCUUUUGACAAAGGUGUUGCCGGACAGCCCCAGGGGCAGAACGGUUUCGCACAACAGGCUCAACCAGACCCCUCGCAGAUCGGACCCAGCAGCACAAAAGCCGCUCUCACGCAAGUCCUAGCCAAGCGAUACGAUCCCAGCCUCAAAUUACUCAACCUCUCUGCCUUGAAACAAGAUCCCGAUCUCCAACAGCUGGGCGUUUUUGCGACACCAGCCACCGAGUCCAAGUUCUUCCCGGUGCUCAUGAAAAUCUGCGAUGAGGUUUGGGAUACACCAGCAAAGAAAGCCGAGUCCGUCGAAAGCAUCACCGUUAGUACCAAUAACCUUACCACGGUUCUUGACAUCACCACACUAGCCGCUACCUUCCCGUCGCUAAAGAACCUCGACCUCUCCAACAACUUGAUACCAGAUUUCGAAGCCUUAAAAUAUUGGCGGUGGAAAUUCCGGGAUCUCGAGCAUCUAGUCCUCACAAACAAUCCCAUCGGAUCCUUACUAGACUUCAAAAAGACCCUCAUGAAAUGGUAUCCAAAACUCCUCAAACUCAACAGCGCAGAGGUGCGGACUCCAAAGGACGUCCAAAAUCAACAGAACCCCAUCCAAGUGUUGCCACCCUAUUUCCAAGACGAAGCCGAAAUUGGGGCCAAAUUCAUAACCGAUUUCUUUCCCUUAUUUGACGUAAACCGCGACACCGCGCUCCGCAACUUCUACGACGCAGCCUCCACCUUCUCUGUUAGCGUCAAUACGCACGCCAAGCGGGUCCAGCACGAGGAAAGCAACCGCAGCGGUCCCUCUAACUGGGAUCAAUAUAUCAGGAAGAGCCGCAAUCUCCUGAAAAUCACCCAUCUCUCUGCGCGCCAGUCGCGCUUGUACCGCGGCGCCCAGAUCCGCACAACCUGGGAACAAAUGCCGCGCACCAAACACCCAUCCCUAAACCAACACCCAGCCGACUGGUUAAUAGAAUGCCACCCCUUACCCGGCCUUCCGGACCCGAACAACGGAGGCGUCCUCUCCGGUGGCGUAGGCGGCCUCAUCAUCAUGGUGCACGGUAACUUCGAGGAAAUGCACCCCCAAACCGGCAAGACCAUCGACCGCCGCUCCUUCGAUCGCACUUUCGUCCUCGGCCCCGGAUCAGGCGUAGGCGGCAUCCGUGUCGUGUCGGAUAUCCUCGUCCUACGCGGCCCGGGCGGCUCAGAAGCCUGGGGCGUGAGCAGCACGUACCAGGAUCCUUCCACCAUCGCCGCGGCGUUAACCGAGCCGAGGAUCCCGCACCCGGAGGUUCCGCCCGGUAGCGGGAUCGGAGAGCCGAGACCGGGCAAAUCGGAGUUGCAGGUCCAGCAGGAGGUGUUGGCGAUCGAGCUGAGUUUCAAGACGAGCAUGAAGCUCGAGUGGGCGGCCAAGUGUCUGAUAGAGAAUGGCUGGGAUGUUGCCAAGGCGUGGGUGAAUUUUCAGGAGUUGGUGGCCAAGGAGAAGAUUCCGGCCGAGGCGUAUUUGGUGGUGAAUUAA